AAAGAAAAAAAGGAUUAUCAUAUUUCGGAAGUUUGCUAUUUAAACAGUUACUGUACUUCAAAUUUACUAAGCCUGAUCCCAUCAUCCAUGGCACCUUCAACAGCUAGAAUGUGCAGGAAUUUUUCAGGGUUUCUUCUUCUAUGGAUAUUGAGUCUGCAAACCACCACAAGCACAGCAGAUUCUUAUGGGUAUUGGCCUGGCAAGGAACACAACCCAACACAAAACUGGCUAAACCAUGGAGGAGAUAUAUACAACAGAAGAUAUGCAGACAAAGAAACCAAGAUCAGCCCACAAACAGUUUCCAAGCUAAAAUUGAAAUGGGAAUUCUAUGCAGGAAAAGAUAUUUCAGCAACACCAGCAAUUUUCAAUGGUACCCUUUAUUUCCCUAGUUGGAAUGGUUACCUGUAUGCAGUUAAAGCAUCAGAUGGAUCUCUGAUUUGGAAAAAGAACUUGCAGAAGUUAACAGGCCUUAAGGGUGCAGUUUCUAAUAAUAGCAUAGUUUCAAGAUCUACUCCAACAAUAGCAGAUGAUGAUCUUCUUCUUGUUGGAAUUUAUAGCCCUGGUUUUAUUAUUGCUGUGAAGAGAUCAACUGGGAAGCUUGUGUGGUCAACCCAGCUUGAAACUCACCCUGCAAGUCUUAUUACUAUGUCUGGGACUUAUUACAAGGAGGCAUUUUAUGUUGGUACUUCUUCACUAGAAGAAGUUCUAAGCAUUAAGCAAUGCUGCACCUUCAGAGGAAGCUUCCUAAAAGUAGAAGCAAGAACUGGGAGGAUCCUGUGGAAGACGUACAUGUUGCCAGAAAACCACGGCAAGCGUGGAGAAUAUGCUGGAGCAGCUGUAUGGGGAAGCAGCCCAUCCAUCGAUAUUUCCAGGAACCAUGUUUAUAUAGCAACAGGGAAUCUCUACUCAGCCCCUCCUCGUGUCCGUCAAUGCCAGGAAAAAGAGAAUAAUCAAACCAGACCCAGCAGUCCUGAUAAAUGUAUUGAGCCUGAUAACCAUGAGAACUCAAUCAUGGCACUUGAUCUUGACUCUGGCAAAAUCAAGUGGUAUAAGCAGCUUGGAGGAUAUGACGUUUGGUUUAUGGCUUGUAACAAUCUUUCAACUCCUAAUUGCCCCCCUGGUCCAAACCCAGAUGCAGAUUUUUCUGAAGAACCUAUGAUGUUGAGUAUAUAUGUGGAUGGAACUAAGCGAGAUAUAGUUGCUGCUGUUCAGAAAAGUGGUUUUGCUUGGGCACUGGAUCGUAGUAUGGGAGACCUCAUUUGGUCAACGGAAGCUGGCCCUGGAGGUAUAGCUGGAGGAGGAUACUGGGGGGCAGCAACUGAUGAAAAGAGAGUUUACACCAACAUAGCAAACUCUGGAAGAAAAAUCUUCAUUCUGAAUCCAUCAAAAGCGAAGACAAGAGCUGGAGGAUGGGUGGCAAUGAAUGCUAACAAUGGUGAAAUCCUAUGGUCAACAGGUGAUCCAAGCAAUGGCACAGCUAGCGGCCCAGUAACCAUAGCUAAUGGUGUCUUGUUUGGUGGUUCGACAUCAGAUCGUGGACCAUUAUAUGCAAUAAAUGCAAGAACUGGUAGAAUCCUUUGGUCACAUGAAACUGGAGCUUCAAUAGAUGGGGGCGUGUCUGUGAGUGAUGGCUGUGUUUAUGUUGGCAGUGGAUAUAGAGCAUUUGUUGCUGGGACUUCGCUCUUUGCCUUCUGCAUUUCUUGAUAUUUGCAUAAUUAAGUUCAUCCACCCAUCAUUGCUUAUACCCAAAUUCAAAAACCAGUAAUAUGGCUGUGAAUCAAAAUACUUAAGAUAUUGUCUAUAUAUUAUCCACACUCAAAACAUUUUCAAAACAAGUAAUAUGAUUAUGAAUAAAAAUCUUAAGAUGUUUAUGUAU